CAUAAGCUCCUCCCUCUCACAGCUCUUACCAGGAAGAGACUGACGUGUUAUUUCUGCUUUCUCUCACACUGACUCUCUCUUCUCUACUGACAAAAACAAUAAAGAACCAGCCAUCAGUGAAGAACCAAGAGAAACACUUUACAGAAGGAUCUUUGUGCAGUUUGGUUCUGAAUAGAUAGCAGAUCUUUGUGAUUCUCGAGGGGGUUUGUUUUUCAAACUGUCGUUCAGAAAGUGAAAGUAAAGUUUAGAUCGCUGGAGCUCUAAGAGUGAAAAUGGCUUCUCUAUCUGAAGAUGAUAUUUCUUGUCCUGUAUGUCAGGAAAUCUUCAAGAAUCCUGUUGUUUUAUCAUGUAGUCACAGUGUCUGUAAAGAGUGUCUUCAACAGUUCUGGAGAACCAAGAAAACUCAGGAGUGUCCCGUCUGCAGAAGAAGAUCCUCAAAAGAACAGCCUCCAUGUAAUCUUGUGUUAAAAAACUUGUGUGAGUCGUUCGUGAAGGAGAGAAAUGAGGUUCGUUCAUCAGGAUCUGAGGAGAUCUGCAGUUUACACAGUGAGAAACUCAAACUCUUCUGUCUGGAGGACAAACAGCCGGUGUGUGUAGUGUGUAUGAAUUCACAAAAACAUGACAAUCAUAAAUUCAGACCCAUCGAUGAAGUGGUUUCAUCAUAUAAGGAGGAGCUCAAUACAGCACUGAAAUUGUUACAGAAGAAACUUCAACACAAUGAAAACAUUAAAGGAGAGUUGGGGAAAACAGUUCAACACAUCAAGUCUCAAGCUGAGCACACAGAGCGUCAGAUUAAACAGCAGUUUGAGAAGCUUCAUCAGUUUCUCAGAGAUGAAGAAGAAGCUACAAUCACUGCACUGAGAGAGGAAGAGGAGCAGAAGAAGCAGAUGAUGAAGGAGAAGCUGGAGGAGAUGAACAGACACAUCUCAGCUCUUUCACACACAAUCAAAGACACGGAGGAGAAGAUGAAAGCCAGUGACGUCUGCUUUCUGAAGGAGUUUCCAGUCUCGAUGGAAAGAGUCCAGAUCUCAUCACAGCCGGAUCCACAGACUCCUUCUGGAGCUUUGAUUCAUGUGCCACGUUACUUGGGGAACCUGUCCUUCAGAGUCUGGAAGAAGAUGCAGGACAUCGUCCAGAACACUCCUGUGAUUCUGGAUCCAAACACGGCUCAUCCUCGUCUCGUUCUGUCUGAUGAUCUGACCAGUGUGAGAUACAGCGGUAAUCAAUCCCUUCCUGAUAAUCCAGAGAGAUUUAACUCUCAUCCCUGUGUUCUGGGUUCAAAGGGUUUUAACUCAGGAACACACUGCUGGGAUGUGGAGCUUAAACAGAGUUCAUUCUGGAGUCUUGGAGUAACUACAGCAUCAAACCAGAGGAAGGGAAGGGGUUUCUUCUACACUGGUGUCUGGAGUGUGUGGUAUGGACUGUCUCCAGGUUCUGGUGUUCGUGUUAAUCGUAAUCUUGAUCGUGUGAGAGUGAAUCUGGACUAUGAGAGAGGAACAGUGUCAUUCUCUGAUCCUGUAACUAACACACAUCUACACACAUUCACAACCUCCUUCACUCACACACUCUUUCCUUUCUUCAGCUGUUCUUCUCCUCUGAGGAUCUUAUCGAUCAAUAGUCAGUAAUCUGUAGCUCUGGAUCUUCCUGCUUUCAUCUUUCAUCAUGUCUCAAUAUUUAAUCACAGGAGUAAAAGAUAAGUUCUACGGUUAUACUAUAAUUACAGUUAGAUAACGUGAGAAACAUCUUAAUAACAACCAUAACCAGAUGCUAGCUGUCAUAUUUGUACGUUUUUAGUCUUUCUGCAAUAUUUCUCUCCCUGAUGAAUGAGUUUCAAUUAAAGACUCUUCAGAUAAUAAAGAGUUUUUUGGGGGGUUAAAUCUCUUUUGUAAUAUUCACUUAUAUUGUAUGCUUAUGUGAAAAAGGAAGAUAACAGCAUCAAUGUUUCAACUUUCUUGAAUUAUGAACAAAUAAAUUCAGUUUUAAGUUCUACAGAUCUACAGAAGAAAGAAGUGCGUCUCUGAAGAAAUGUGAUCAAAGAUCUCCCGUACAGAUGAUAACUGGGAAACCUCAACAGAAAUCCAUGAAACAGUGACUGUAGUCUGAUUAAUCACAAGUGUUUCAUGUUUGUAGUCUGAUAAUGUAAUCUGUUAGCAG